AUGGAGGUUGCGGCGGAGAGAAUCAGAUCCGUCAAGAAACUACUGCCCGAGAGGCCACACCACCUGGCUCUUUCACUUGGCCGCAAAUAUCCAGUUCCUCCAAACUUCUGGGACCACCAGUCCCCGCUACAAUAUUCCACAUUCCUAUCAGACGCCGAUCGCGGCCUCCUCCUGACACGACCAUACUACGACAUAUGCGACGAGCCCGAGGCCCCUGUGCCCACCCGCCAAUCCACCCCCCAGGCUGGAGCCAAGAAGGCCGGAAGCAAGAUGACCCUAGAGGUUUGGAAAAGCAAGAAGGUGGCGACCUCGCCAACGGAAAACGGAGUCUUGGGCAGGGUAGAGGACAAGAAACAGCGGGUUUCUGCACAUGGUCCAGAGAAGGACGUGUCGCGCAGAGAGCAUGACAAGGUCAAACAGGCCGGCACGCAACGCGAUGGCAAGGGCUCCGAUCCCCGGGGUAAUGGCGACGCAGAUAGGCCCAAGAGCUCCAUCUCCAAAGUCACGUCACGAGAUGUGCCGAGCCCGUCGUCCGAGGGCAAGAAGCGGCCGCUGGAGCAGGAUGAUAGCACGAGGCCACUCAAAAAGACAAAGUCGAGCGAGCCCACAUCAUCAGAGGCGCCGCGCAAGGCGCCGCGGCCAGAGGCUCCGAGUGGCAGGGAACGUGCCAUGUCUGCUAGUAAGGAUGGCAGAACAGGAGCGCUUCAGUCGAAUCCGAGCGGCCGCGCCGCUCAGCCAAGCUCGAAGGACCAGCCCCGCGCCGUCUCGCCAAAGACCACUGUCAACGGCACGAAGCCUCAGAGCUCUGCGUCCCGCAACACAUUACCUCCUAAACCAGAUACUUCUGGGAAGCAUCUUGUUCCUCCGAUACUCUCGCCCCUGAAACUAGCGUUUGACGAUGAUCUCGAGACGUGGAGUUCGAAAAAGAAGGUGGCAGAGGGACACAUGAUGGGAAAGUCACAAAACAAACCCUCGAGACCAGAGGGCACAGUGAAGAAGAGGGCCGCCACGCCGGAAUUGCCCCCCAUCCUUUCACCCACGUUGCCCCCUCAGGUCGAGGAAGCGCUGGCUAGAAUACAGAAGACGCAGGUAAAGGAGGAAGCGAAAGACCCGCCUGGCCAGUCUUCCGACGCGGCAGCCGGCGCACGCAAGACCCGACCUCCAGCAGAUAAUUGUGACGCGGAGGCCCGGCCCGCCAAGCUUGUGACGAUAAAGUACAAGAAAACCCUCCGAAAGAGGAUACAGAGCCUCCUCGCACUGCCAUCACGGCCAUGGCCGAAGGAGCGGUCGCUCAGCGCGGACAACACACCGCCGCCUGCGAGCAAACGCCCGCGUGGCACGGAGCCAAUUGCGGAGCCGGUGACGAGCUCGGUCGGUGCGAAACGGCCCAGGGCACCCGAGACGACAGGGAGCAAGGCGCCACACACACCGCCAAAGCCCCCAACUGCCAACAGCCUAGCUGCGCCCGGGGGCUCGCAGACCCAUACGCCAGGGGGCAGGGUUGCGCAGACGCCGGGAACCGGAGACGCGGCGCAGACAGGCCGCGAGGGCACCGCCAAGGAGACACUCAGGAGGCGGUGGGAUGAGUUCUGCAAGAUCGGGAAGAAACUCAAGCACAAGCGCGAUAAAGAAUUCCCGGCGAACGCGGCGGGACAGAACGCGGCUGGGCAGCUGAGAGACUACCGGCGGGCAAUGCUCACUAUCGAGAUGAUACUGGCGUACAUGAUUGCCUUCCGUUCGCUGAACCAGAGGUCAGAGAUAUCGGGGGCGGCGAUGGAUAUGGCAUCGUGGCUCACGCUUGAGCCUCACUUGCGAGAGCUCAAGCAGAUGGCACGGCACUCGGGCUCGCUCCAGGCGCUCGCAUACCAGCUGCACGGAAUCGUGAUAAACGAGCUGAUCAGGGCCUUCGCCUCGGUGGGCCUGCAUGGCGGCGAGCAGCUCAAACUAGGGAAGGACCAGCACAUGGCGGUGUUCCAGGCCAUGAAGAAUAAUCCGAGGAUAUGGACCGAGGCGAAUGACCUGCGGGGCAAGGUGUCGGACAAGAGCUUGCGGACGCCGACGAUGGGGACCUGGACGACGCCUCACAGGGCAGCAUCUGAUGCGCUCCAGGUCCUUGCGCGGUUCGCAGAGCGCGAGCAUGUCAACUGGCGUGCUGAGAUGGUGGUGCCCAACGAGGGGGCCUAA